UGACAACAAAUGCAAACCAAUUGAUAAUAUUUAAUAACAAAUAGUGUUUUGUUUUGUUGUUAUGUUUUUGUUUGUUUGGAGGCAUUGAUCACACAUUUUCAUUGAAUGGACGGGUAGUUCAUAAUAUUGGGUCAUAGGUUUAGGUGCAGUUAGACAAUACAUACACACAUUAGACAACAUAUAUACAAAAAUGACCACAAAGUCACCUAUAGUUUGGUCCAAUUAAUUCAAUUAUAAUUAAAGCAAAUAUUAAAAAAUCAAUAGAUUUUUAUCAUUCAAAUUGAAUGCAAACGAUUGAUAUCAGUGUUUAAGACACAGGUGUUUGAUCCGAUUGUUGUCAUCAGUCAUCAUCAGCCAAGACAUGGGUUCAUCUCAAGACGAUCUACUCAUCGAAACCAAACAGAUUAUUAGUUCUCUGGUAAUACCACAUCCAAAUGGUGUAUCACUCAAGACAUUAUGCAAUGAAUACUUAGAGAUGGAAGGCAAAGACUUGCCGUUCAAAGAGUUGGGUUUCUCUAAUCUAACAAAUCUGUUAAAAUCGAUGCCAGAUGUGGUCAGACCGUCGUUUGAAGACAACAUAUCGAUAAUGUUGUUCCCAGUGGUGAACGAAUCGACCGAACAUAUCGUUGAUAUGGUUAGCAAUCAAAGCCAUAGAGGAUUGAAUAAAAAACUCAAACGCAAAGGUUUGAAAAAAGUAUCACAAACUACUCCACAACAAAAUCGGUUAUCAUAUUCACCACAAACUCCAUCGCCAUCUCCAUCAUCACUCAAAAGACCAUUAGAUCCACGACAGCAAAGAAUGGAUCCACGUUUAGCCAAAAGGAUGAAUACAUCCAACAACUCGGACACCAAUAGCCCUAAUAAACAACAACAACCCGACAAUAGACCUAAUAAUCAGAAUGGUUCGGGAGAUCAUAACCAACGACAACAACAUAAACCACAACAACAACAACAAACCCCGAGCCGACCGUAUCACGAAAUGUCAGAUUUUGAAGUGACAUCACUUGUUAGUGCUGUCCGCCAGAAGACAACAACAACCACUAUUGAAGUGGCAAAGAAUGGAAUCGAUUUGAAAACAUGGGCCGAAAUAUUUGAUGUCCAAACAGUUGCCGAUUUGAAACCAUUUCCAUUGGAAACCAACGGAAUGAUGGUUGCGAAGGCCAUUCUUAGACAACCUCUUAAAAUAGGAGAGUAUUCACUGAAAAUUAAUUCACGAGACGACGUCCGUCUAUUUAUGCCCGAUAGCUCUGAACUCAAAUAUCUUCACAUACCUCCAGCUAUCACUCAAAUCAAUUUGGAUUUAAAUCAUGGCUACGAUAUGGUUAGUGAUAUUCAUUGGGGAAAGCCUUCAAACACUAAAAUCGAUGAACUCUUACAAUGGAUUUCACGAAAUCGUAAAAAGUUUAUGAUUGCCGGAGAAGUCGCUUCCAAGCAGUUGCACACAGACUUUGUCUGCUAUAGAGGUAUAUUGGCUAAGAUUAUGACCACACCGUAUGAACAACAGAAUCGUUGGGUGAUCUGUGCGACCAAAUAUCGGGGAACAAUAUAUUUGUGUCAAUUUCAUGAAGAGUUUCCCGAACCCGACGAUUAUUAUAACAAAAUGAGUUUCGGUGGUUUCCGAUUUGAAAGCUAUCUGACCAGUUAUGAGGCCGAGUAUCCGCCCGAUCCUAACGACUUUGAUCCCGAUCAUCACGAGUAUUGUGCUGUUAUGCGAACCCGACUUAUGGCUGAUGUUGACUCACAUUCCCUGUGCUUUGGAGCCGAACUGGACUGUGUUCUGCCUAAUGUUAGGGAACAUCCGGGAACUUUAUCCAACUUUAUUGAACUUAAAACGACAAAAAUUAUGUCUUCUGAAAAUCAUUAUCGAAAUUUUCUGAAACAUAAACUAUUGAAAUGGUGGGCACAGUCCUACAUAGUCGGUGUUCCUACAGUUUAUUGCGGUUAUAAAGAUAAUAAAAAUAUUGUUAGAAAUUUGGAACCGUUAAAGAUUGAAGAGUUUCCAAAUCUAGCUCUUGAGUUUUGGUCGGCUAAUGUUUGUCUAAAUUUUUUGAACAAAUUUUUGACGCACAUGAAAGAAUUGGUUACCAUCGAUGAUCCAAAUGUUGUCUAUCGGUUUGCAUUUCAACCACAACAGGACAUUACCUGCACAAGACUUGUCGAUCCGGGAGAGUUCCAAAUACUUCCUGAUUGGUAUAUCCAAGAGUUUGCAAAUUGA